UUUUCCGCGCGCGUGCAGCGCCCCACAGAGCGCCUGCGCCGAGACCCUCCGGCGGUUUUGAGAAAUCGGCCCUGCCCGUGCGACAUCCAAGCAGGGGCGGGGACGUCAGGCUGUACCACGCAAGGUCCCAAAACUACUUCACGAUGGUUCGACCCUGCUUUCGAUGGUUCGACCCUGCUUUCGUACAGUGCACGCCGGCCGCGCAGAGACAGAGCAUGCCGCGCGACUGGUGCAGAAAACUGUAACUGGUGUCGCCCCUCCGACGCCAUGUUCAGCACGGAUGCGCCUUCCAGCCGACACCACACACAUGGAAUGUGUCGUGUUACGCAAGCUGCGAAACACUCAAGGAACACGAAGCCCCUCCCCAACGAAAAGGGUUCCUGCUUCAGGACCCCUAUUGUACGGGGGUCCCGAAGCGUGUGGAUAUCAGGCCCCUCCGCAGGGCCCCGCCACGUCGUGGCAGCUGCGCAGGGCCGCCGCGCGGCCUGGCGACCAGGAGGAAGAAGAUGGCGCAGAGGCCAUCGGCAGAGGUCAGCAGGAAGAUAUCUUGAUCCUAAGGCCGCCCGUGCACGAGCGCUGCCGCGCAGCAUUGGUCACCUCGCGCCGCCUGUGAGCAGACCGAGGCGCGACAUCGCCUCCCGCCCCUUCUCGAGGAUGGCAUCCU